AUGACACAUUAUACAGGGCAUCCCUAUAUGGAGCUCAUGCCUCCGGAGUUGAUGAGUGUGUAUAUUCGAAUCGAUAAUAUACCGCAGGGAAAGGAUUGGAAACAAAUUCGAUAUUUUCUUUCUAAGUUCAUUCUGAGAAAUCAGAUUUUGAAUAUCAAAGUCUUGCCCUCGAUGCCGACAAUGACCCCUCCUUUUAUUCCAAUAACGUCUUGUAUUUGUGUGCUACAACCUUCAUUGGAUUGGAAUAAUUUACUCUUACAAUUGAACGGAUUUCAAUGGGAGUACCAUACAUUAGGAGCUAUUCUCUUACCUCCUCCAUCGUUACCAGCGCCUCUUCCUCAUCCUGCACACGGGUCUGUAGGUACACCAUUGCAAUCUGGUAUACCACAACCUCAGCAUCAAUCUCAGCAUUCUGUCCGUUCUCAUUUGCAUCAUAUGGGCGUGCCAGGCACUGGCCCCGGUCCUGGGCUCAUUCCAGGCUCCGUGCCUGGUGUUAGACAACGGUCGCAUUAUUCAUCUCAGCAGCAUCAACAGCAGCAUCAACAGCAGCAUCAACAGCAACAGCAUCAACAGCAACAACAGCAACAACCUAGGAAAUUAAAGCAAUUGUUCAACGAAAUGUCCUUUAGGAAACAGAUGUCUUCUCGUUCCAUGUAUCAGAUCAAAUUUACUAACUUUCCGCCCUGUCUUCAUUGGGAUGAAAUAGUUAAGUUCAAGACUACAGGAAUCGCAGGGCAACAUGUAACUCGUGCCAGUAGUGUACCGAGCCUCAUUGUAAAAACAACGGAACCAGAAACGUAUGGGAAGCUAAAAUGGACAAUGUUAAAAGACUUCAUUAAAUCAAAUUGCCCUGAAUUAUUCGAGAAUACGUCAUCUUUCGAAUUUUACGUUGGGGUCUACGAGUCAGGAGAGUUAGAUGUCGAAAUUCAACUUGUUCAGGGCGAGAACGAGGAAGUUAUCGUUUCGCAAGCGCCUUCAGAGAUUAAAACAGACACUAUAUCGAAAAAGUCAGAAGGUUCGGACAAAACUAAAGGAGUCACGGAAACGACAAGAGACGAUACCAAGGAACCAAUUAAAGAAAUUCCCAGUAAAGAUGACGAUGAAAACUCAGCUCCUUUAAGUGUGGGCCUUUCACAAGAGACGAAAGAAGAUGGAAAAGAAGAGGUUAAACCUGAGCUUUCUGAGCAGAGUACAAAGGGAGAAUCAAAGACACCAGAGACAAAAGAAAGGGAUACAGAAAAGGUUGAGGACGUUCAAGAAACGCAGGAGGCAGAGAAAAUAGAGCAGCAGGAAAAUGGUGAAGAGACACAAGAAGCUGAAAAAACCAACGGCUCAAUUGAGAAAUACAUGGUUAAGGCGACAAACUAUGAAGCUGUCGUCGGAUUUGUCAAUUAUGAUAAAUUCCUAAAAUGUUUGCAUACCUUCCAAGGCAAGGAAUUCGGUUUGCAUCAUAAGUUAGUUUUGGAAGCUUUGGAAAGUAUCGAGCCUAAUUAA